AUGAGCCAAAUAAUGGAGAAAACUUUGGCCUCCCUGCCAAAGCUGCUCACCCAAAGCUUUAGUGGGGGAAAGAAUAUGAAACCCACAAAGGGUCAUCCACCCAGUCAGGAAGUGCAGCUGUUUAUGAAGGUUGUCCACCAAGCCAGAUCCAAGUCACAAGAAGCAAACAUUGUGCAGACAGAGUUAUCAAGCAUCCAGCAGAAACUGAAACAGUCGGAUCUCAUUGCCUCCUUGGGGCUGGUGAGAAGCAGCUUCACAAAGAUCAUCUUCUGUCACCUGCUGAAUUAUGAUGUGUCUUGUGCGGCUAUUCAUGCUGUGAACCUGGCUCAGCAGGGCCACGGGUACGAGAAGCGACUGGGCUACCUCUUGAGUUGCUUGCUGCUGCACCCGCAACACGAGAUGGUAAUGCUGAUGAUGGCAACUCUUAUUCGUGACUUGAAGAGCGCAAAUAUGGCCAAUAACUGCAUUGCUUUGAUGGUCGCUGGCGAGCUUGUAGGCGAAGACAAUGUACCUAGUAUAUUACCAGAGGUAAUUAAAAAACUGAGACAUUCUCAUGAACUUGUACGGGAAAAGGCCCUUCAUUGUUUAAGGGCUUUUUAUCGGAGUACUCCAUCUUUGCUACAGCCUUAUCUUCCUCAGCUCAACACAUUUUUGGCCUCCAGAGACCCAGGUAUAUUAACGGCAGUAACAAAUUUAUUUCUCAUUCUUUGUCAGGAAAAUGCUGCGAGGUUUGUAAACCUGGGUCCUAGCUUUUUGCAUAUUCUUGACCAAAUCAAUCACAGGGGAUUCGGUACUAACUACUAUUACCACAUGGUUCCUUUACCUUGGCUGCAAGUGAGUUUGCUGAAAAUCCUGGGAUGUUUAGGAUCUAUGGAUGCUGCGCUGGGCAAAGCAAUUGCCCCACUGCUGCAAGUUCUUAUUGAAAAAACAAAAGUAUCGGAGCCCAUAUCAUUAGCUGUUCUUGUGGAAAGUGUCCUAACAGCUACACAGAUUAAUGCUGAUGAAGAAUUGUUACAUUUGUGCUCUCGCUGCAUCGGGAAACUGUUGUCAUCUGAUGCUAGCAAUGGUAUGAAGUAUCAAGGUUUAAGACUGUUAAUUUCGUUAUCGAGAGUCAAGCCUUCAUUUGCAGCACAACAUCAAAUGGCUGUUGUUGAGUGUCUUAUGGACGAGGAUCCAGCAAUUCAGAUUAGAACCAUGCAUCUUCUUCAUGCAAUGGCUAACCAGGCAAACGUCAAAGCUGUGUGUGCCAGGCUGCUUGAACAGAUGAACAAAACUGUAGACAGGCAAUUCUUUACUGAAGCCGUUCACAUGAUAAGUGAUCUGGCGGAGAGAUUAGCAGUUGACAUUGACUGGUACCUGGACACAUAUUUAAAUAUUUUGGAUCAGAAACUUAGUUCCCAGACUAGAGAUGACCUUAUUGAUCUUGUGAUAUCCAGAAUGGAAAAAGUGUCUGUUGAUAACAACAGUAUUUCUAGUGACUCUCUUCAGAAGUUGAUAGCGGCACUUCUGCGUGUAAUAAAUAAUUAUGAUUCAGGACAGUCAGUUAUCUUGUUGUCUUUACAACUAUUUGGGGUGUUGGCACCUAUUCUUGGAGAAGCAUUUUCAAGUACAUCUUUUCUUUUUUCAGCUGAAACUCUGGUGUCCAGGCUGGUGUCAGAGUGGCAGCAGACAAAGGUUACCAUAAUUAAACCACUAAGUCCGAGCUGUAAAGAAGUUGAUGACAGCCAUUUUGAAAAUCUGAUAAAUAUCCAGUGCUGUUGCCUAGAUACAAUAUCUAAACUUGUUUUAAGUGGAAGUUUACAAGUUGAUUGUGUGAAAGAAUGGCUACAAACUCACAAGUGUAAACUCUUGAAACAUCCAUCUGUGAGUUGCUGUCUCGAUGAGCUGGAAGAACUGCUUCAACACCCAGAACAUUUGCUGCUGACAUCUCAGAUUGUAUUUCACUCGCAAAAAACAGAACUGGACAUGUCACUGUCUUUCCUGGACAAAUUAGUUGUCCAAAACCUUCUUCAUGGAGGUGGCAUUCUCAAGCCUAUGUACAUCAGACUAUCCGAAGAGAAAGCCAGUUGUCAAGUAGUAGUACCAACAUCCAGUAAUCCGUUGGAUUUUCCUGAAUCUGGAUUCAGCCCACUGCAGUCUUCUGCUGGCGAAAAUGGCAACAGUACAUCUCUAGUCUCUUCUGGGAUGACAAGUUCUUCUCUAAGAACUAAAAACAAGUGGAGAGAUGAAGAGGAUGAAGAUGAAGAGCACUUUCUGAUUGUAGGGGGAAGUGAUGAUGAAAGCCAGAGAAAACAUGAAGAAAUAGCUCAGGAACUUUUCGCUGGCCUGGGAGAAGUGGGCCUCACGAAAGUCAUUGGCAAAGUAAGCAAACAUCCGAGUAAAAACAACACCAAAAAGUGGCAUAAUAUGUGGGAUGACGACGACGAUCAGAACCAUGAACAUUGUAUCACAAGCUCUUUAGGUCUACAUCCGUUUGGCAUCUGUAAAAAGGCUCAGUCUUUUUCUCGGUGGCAUGACGAAGAUGUGGAAAAUGGAAACUUAUCAUGCAGUCUCAAUGAUGAUUCUGGACUCGGUUUCAUCUCCAGUAAGUCUGAGACUGUAUUGAGCCCAUUGGCUCCAGUUUCCAGACUUGCUGAGUCUCCGAUGUGCAAUAGCUUUGAUUCAGCACACGAAGAUGUGGCCUCAGACACUAAUGUUCUCUACAGAAGCUGUCCUGGUGCUUAUGCAGAAUCCACUGGUUAUAAUCAGCCUGUUUUAAGCAUUUAUUCUGAAGGCUUUGCUGAUUUCAACUUAGAGAAGCUAAACUACGGAAUGACCAACCCAGCCAGUGCAUCAGCCUCAACUAUUGAUGCCCUUACUGACAGUGAUCCUGAAGGGGCAGAUAGCUAG